GGAAGGAAGCUCAAGAGCAGAGGCGGUGAGGCAAGAUGGCGGCGACCAAGAGGAAACGGCGUGGGGACUUGGGAGUUAAGGCCAAGAAGCCGAAAAAAAACGAAAAAGAUGCCACGCCGCCAGCCAAGCGAUGCAACACGGCAGAAGAGGCGAAGGAUGAAGAGAGAGAUCGUAUCCCAGGCCCUGUGUGCAAGGGCAAAUGGAAAAAUAAGGAACGGAUUCUCAUCUUUUCCUCCAGAGGAAUAAAUUUCAGAACAAGACAUUUAAUGCAGGACUUGAGAAUGUUGAUGCCUCACUCAAAAGCAGAUACUAAAAUGGAUCGCAAAGAUAAGUUAUUCGUGAUUAAUGAGGUUUGUGAAAUGAAAAACUGCAACAAAUGUAUUUAUUUUGAAGCUAAAAAGAAACAAGAUCUCUAUAUGUGGCUUUCAAAUGCACCUCAUGGGCCAUCUGCUAAAUUCCUUGUUCAAAAUAUUCACACACUAGCUGAGCUAAAGAUGACUGGAAACUGUUUAAAAGGUUCUCGGCCCCUUUUGUCUUUUGACCCAACUUUUGAUGAAUUACCACAUUAUGCAUUAUUAAAAGAACUCUUAAUUCAGAUAUUUAGCACACCACGGUAUCAUCCCAAGAGCCAACCAUUUGUGGAUCAUGUGUUUACAUUCACAAUUUUGGAUAAUAGGAUAUGGUUUCGGAACUUUCAGAUCAUUGAAGAAGAUGCUGCCCUCGUAGAAAUAGGCCCCCGUUUUGUCUUAAAUCUCAUAAAGAUUUUCCGGGGAAGUUUUGGAGGACCAACUUUAUAUGAAAAUCCUCACUACCAGUCACCAAACAUGCAUCGUCGUAUCAUAAGAUCCAUCACAGCUGCAAAAUACAAAGAGAAACAGCAAGUGAAAGAUGUGCAGAAACUAAGAAAGAAAGAACCAAAGACUGUUCUUCCACAUGAUCCUACUGCAGAUGUUUUUGUUACACCAGCUGAGGAAAAACCAGUAGAAAUACAGUGGGUAAAACCAGAGCCAAAAGUUGAUUUAACAACAAGAAAGAAAAGAAUUUAUAAAAGGCAAAGAAAAAUGAAACAGAAGAUGGGUAGUAAGAAUACAAAAUGAAUCUAUGGAUAAUUUUUCAGUUUUAUAUUUAUUUUGUAUUCAUUGUGUAAAUACUUUUAUUCAGGAUUAUCUUCAUAGCUAAUGCGUGUAGCAUUUAAAAGAAAGAAAAAUUACAGUUCUUGUGGCUUCAGUGAUGGCUAUGUUUUUCAAAAUAAAGUAUCACCAGAACUUAUCAG